GGAUUCCUGCCAUCUGCGCUCGAGGUGCUGCUGCUUCAGGUCUGUUCUCUUCGUCUUUGAGUUGGAUGAGAGCGCGAGACAGAGCGACAGAGAGAGAGACAGAGAGGGAGAGAAGAAAGAAGAAAAAUGUGGAGCAGUUUACAACUAAUCUCGGUGCUGAUUGCCUGGGCUGGGGCUGGGGCUGUGUUGGCCGGAUCUCCUAAUGAUGGCCACAGGAGCAGGAAAGGGAAUGUGUCUCCAGGCCGAUUCCCUGGAUCCAGGUCCUGGGAUUCACACCUGUAUCCUGACUGGAGCAGCGGAGACUGGAAUCGCAGUGACUGCUGGAAAGGUGGGUCAGUUUCCUUUCAACUCAGCAACGAUGCCCCCACCCUGACAGGCGCUAAAUCCAGCUUCUACAUCGACCUGAAAUUCCCCGUCAACCAGAGUGUCCAGGCUGACGGAGAGGUGGUCUGGGCGGAAAACUGUACGGUAAACGGCACGCAUGUGAGGCACGGAGACCCGGUGUAUCCCAGCGACCGGCUGCAGGAGGCGGACGGUGUGUUUCCAGACGGAAAACCCUUCCCGGGGAACUCAGCGAGGAGACGCUCCAAGUUCGUCUUUGUCUGGCAAACCCUGGGAAAGUACUGGCAGACGGUGGAUGGUCCCAGCUCGGUGUUGGUUGUGGACACAGCGGAAGCCCAGUUAGGCUCCUACACCAUGGAGGUGGUGGUGUAUCAUUACCGCGGUCACAGGAAAUUCGUUCCCCUGGGCAAGGCCACCUCGCAGUUCACCAUCACGGACCGGAUCCCGUUCUCCGUGGCUCUCUCCCAGAUCAGUGACCUGAACCAGGACGACGCCAGCUUCAUCCAGGACCGCGCUAUACUCUUCAAUGUCCGUCUGCACGACCCCAGCCGCUACCUGACCGAGGCCGACCUCAGCUUCUCCUGGGAUUUUGGUGACGGUAGCGGCAGCCUGAUCUCCCGGGCCAACGCCGUCACUCAUACCUACCUCUCUGCCGGGACCUUCAGACCCCAGGUGGUCCUGCAGGCCACCCUCCCCUCCCCCUGCACCACCACCAACCCCCCCCGCUCACCCACAACCUCAGACCCUCAGCCUGCAGCCCCCUCCACCACUGUCCGCCUGAACCCCACAACGCCCUCUCCCCUCUCUGGACAGCCCACUGCAGCCCAGGGCACCACAGACAGUGUGGAUCCCUCUGAGCAGCCAACAGCGGAGCAGCCAACCCCAGCCACAACCCCAGCCACAACCCCAGCCACAACCCCAGCCACAACCCCAGCCACAACCCCAGCCACAACCCCAGCCACGGCCGGCCUGACCUCCGUCUCCAUCCCCGACCCUGUCCCGAGCUCUGUGCCCAGCCAAGCCUCCGCCUCCACCAUCGCUUCGGGGGCUUCAGCCUCUCCUGUAGUGACUCUCACGUCCCGGGACCCUCCGGUCGCCGUGACAACCUCAGCUCCUGCUCCAGCCCUCGCCCUGGCCGUGUCUGAGAUGGUCCCCGACGUCUCUGUCUCUGUGAACCCCCCCGGCUUGGCCGUGUCUGUGACCCCGGCUCCCCCCGAGGCUGUCUCUCUCCUCGUGGAGUCAGACCUGGGGACGGAAGCCACCAACGGAGCCACAGCCGACAACCUGAUACAAGCCACCAACACACCGCCUCCUGCGUCCGAGCAACCAGUGGGUAAGUCGCCCGCGAUCAGCAGGUGCUCAGAAGCAGCUCUGGUGCUGGUGAAGCGACAGGUCGCUGUGGACUCCGAAAACUGUUUUGUCUAUCGUUAUGGCACCUUUUUGGCCGCCAUCAACAUCAUCCAGGGAAUCGAGAGGGUGGAGAUUGUGCAGGUGGAGAGCGUGGUGGGGAGCUCAGUGUCUGGGGAGCAGCCCAAUGCCGUGGACCUCACAGUGACCUGCCAGGGCAGCUUCCCCAGUGAGGUGUGUACGGUGGUGUCGGACACGGACUGUGAGACCCCGGGGCAGAGCGAGUGCCGUGAGGUGCCCCCCGCAGCCCAGUGCCAACUCGUUCUCCGUCAAGUCUUCAACUCCUCUGGCUCCUACUGUGUUAAUGUCUCUCUCACCAACCAGGUCAGCCUUGCCCUGGCCAGCACCCGCGUCACCGUCAGCCCAGUUGCAGGCGCGGCCCCUCACACUGCGGAGGCUCUGGUGUUGGUGGGGAUGCUGCUGAUCGUGGGGGUGAUGGGCGCCGUAGCCGUGAUCUACAGACGGUACAAAGACUACUCUCCACUGCAUGAGAACCCCUCAAAGGCCCCCGGGGCACAGGGCCCCGACAAGCCCACGGUCAAUCUCUUCAUGAGGAGCCUGUUCAGCCGUCAGCGGCCCAGGGCCACCGAGAGCAGCCCCCUGCUGCACGGCUGUGUGGUCUGAGACCUCCCCCUGCCCACCUCAAGGCCCCUACAAGAUUUCUUCGGAGGAAGAAAACCCUUUAGCUCGGUUUGGAAACACCACCAUCGGCAGACGUACCUGUAAUCUGCAGCACUCUCUCUCCGAUCCACAACAAUAAAGGAAUGAAACUUGA